CAUGGGCAGUUUUGUUUACCUAUUUGGUUGCAUCAGUUCACCGGAAGAUGAAAAAAGAAUUUAAUAUUAUUUAUUUUGAAUAAUAAUCCAUAUCAUACUGAACCUUACUGCUUCUUAGGUAGCUAAUUACUUCAGUAUUUAGACCUAUGGUGAAGUCGCCAUUUGUCCCUUUCGGACGCUAAAAAGCACAAAUGUAAUUUAAAAACUGGAUGUUUUGUCGUAUUAACGGAAGAUGGAAUGUUCUUUGCUAGACUCCCGUUCUUCGGAUCACACGAAGAAGUUUGCUGGACAGCAGAGGUGUUACAUGUGUGACUCGGGCGCUAGAUGGCGCUGCUCCCCGGCCAGUCGGCCGGCGCGGUGCCGAAUGAAUGGCUCAGCCAGCCGCUUCCGCCCCCGCCGCUACCUGCCGACGCGCCGCCGGCCGCCACCCCGGGUUGCUGCCUUAAUUCCCCACCGCUGUCGGACACGUCAGCGCGGGCAACUGGAGGAGAAGCUGAGGAGAGCAGCAGAAGCUAAGAUCUCGGUUAGUUAACCAUGUUCGGAUCUCUUUAACUCAGCUUCUUGGGUAGUCCAGCUCCAUUCCUGCAUGGAGGUCCCCUGUCACCGCUGUGAAGAGCAGCCCAGACUCCCUCACUGCUGACGAGUCCUACCAGAGGGCAGAGACCAGCGCCCCCUUUCAGCCACGUCAUGGAGCAGCCUAGCUGUCCCAGCGUCAGCAUCCCCUGUCAUGACGAGCACAGGGACAAGAAGAAACGCUACACUGUUUACAAAGUGCUGGUCAGUGUUGGGAGGGAUGAAUGGUUUGUCUUCAGGCGAUACGCAGAGUUUGACAAACUGCAUAACACAUUGAGGAAACUGUUUCCAUCCAUGAACUUGAAGAUCCCAUCUAAGAGGAUAUUUGGAGACAAUUUUGACCCGGAAUUUUUAAAGCAAAGGAAAACUGGGCUUAACGAAUUCAUCCAGAGGAUUGUCUCGCACCCCCAGCUCAGCAGCCGUCCUGAAGUACGUAGCUUCCUCCUGAUGGACAGACUGAAACGCUGGUCGGAUGCCUCUGAGGAUGAGGAGGAGAAGAAUAGCUCUACCUCCAGAAAUAUCAACCUGGGCCCUUCCGGAAACCCACAUGCCAAGCCCACAGACUUUGACUUCCUUAAAGUCAUUGGGAAGGGGAGUUUCGGCAAGGUUUUUCUUGCCAAACACAGACUGGAUGGGAAAUAUUAUGCAAUCAAAGUUUUGCAGAAAAGGCUGAUUGUUCAUCGGAGAGAGCAAAAGCACAUCAUGGCCGAGCGUAGCGUCCUGCUGAAGAGCGUCAAGCAUCCUUUCCUCGUGGGCCUGCAUUACUCUUUCCAGACUGCAGACAAGCUCUACCUCGUCCUGGAUUUCAUCAACGGCGGGGAACUCUUCUUUCACCUGCAGAGAGAGCGGACCUUUCCGGAACCCAGAGCCCGGUUCUAUGUAGCGGAAAUUGCCAGUGCUCUGGGCUACCUCCAUUCCUUAAACAUCAUUUACAGGGAUCUGAAACCAGAAAACAUCCUGCUGGACUUUCAGGGCCACGUUGUCCUGACGGACUUUGGAUUAUGCAAAGAAGGCAUGGGCCUGGCUGACACCACCAGCACCUUCUGCGGGACGCCGGAGUAUUUGGCCCCUGAGGUUUUACGGAAGCAGCCCUAUGACAACACAGUGGAUUGGUGGUGUCUGGGUUCGGUCCUCUACGAGAUGCUCUUUGGCCUGCCCCCCUUUUACAGCAGGGACACGCAUGAGAUGUAUGACAACAUCCUGCACCAGGCGCUGCGCAUGAAGCCGGGGGCGUCCUGCCAGGCUGAGGCCUUCCUGCGUGGGCUACUGCAGAAGGAGCGUACACUGCGGCUGGGCUGCCAUGGCGACUUUAAUGAGAUCAAAAAACAAAGCUUCUUUUCCUCUAUCGACUGGGACGCUCUCGAGAAGAAGCUGAUUGAGCCGCCUUUCAGACCUACUGUGAGUUCAGUGUGUGACACUGCAAACUUUGACCUAGAAUUUACAGAGGAGAGCGUCACAAAUUCGGUGCGUUACCCCAUUGUCAACGCCAGCGUUCUGGAUGCAGACGACACCUUCCUGGGCUUCUCCUAUGCCCCGCCCACUGAUGACUCUUUCCUGUAAAUGAGCCAAUGAGGACAGCUGUGUGUAAUUCAAUCUCUUCCCUACGUUAACAUUGACCUUGCUUUCAAUUUUCAAGGGACCUUUUGAAAUUGCUUUAAUUAAUGUAGAAUAAAAGUUUAGUAAACAAUGUGACAUGAAUGAGAAUUCAGUUGAUUUUUUUUUUUUAUGAAAACUUUGAAUGCGUUGCGUAUGUAUUUAGUUCAGUUGCUGGCAUUCUGUUAUGCAAAAUGUGUUUUGUAUUCACUGUAAAAAAAAUAAAAAAUACGAGAGAAUUUGUAUACAAAGAAGCACUUAAGAAAAUAAAAUGUAUAUGUUUUUUUGGUUAUGUUCAAUAUUGUGUUUCUAACCAGGGUAACUGUAAAUAUGCUGUUCUAAUUGCUUUUUUUUGUCAUUUUUUCAUUUCAUGUUUUUUUCCUGCCAUGUCUUCUCUGAAUUAAAAUUAGUUUUCCAGUCAGGCUGAUCCAAUGUUGAGCUGUUAUGGGUAUAAAACAAAUUCAAGACCACUUGUUGCCUCUCUCCCACAAAUGGGUCGUUUGAGGGGGUAAAAUUAUAUUCCUGCUGAAAAUAAUUUUAAUAUCUGGGCCUUUCUCCCCAGCCCUUUACCACAUCAUUAUAUGAUCUACUAGUUUAUCUUUUGUUAUUCUUGCAUCAUGCUUUCUGUCCUGCGAACCAGGAACCAGCCAUCAUGUACCAUAUAAAUUAAUUCUGUGGCAUUAUUUUAUGUGUCCUGUACUAUUAAAAUGAUAAUAUUUUACCUUU